AUGGAUGAGAGGCACUGGUGGAUAGCCAACAAAGUGCAGGAAACCUUCCGAGUUGGGGGAACUGAUAGUCCUACAGUUCUGGAAGAACUCUUUUCUAAACAAAGCAAUUUGUACCUUGUUGAUAAUUUUCUGAAAGCUGGAGGCCUCAGAUCACUAUUUUUCUAUACAGAUGUUGGAAAUAAAGACAAGCUUAGCAUUUGGGAUUUGCACAUACAGUCAGCAUUACCCAACCUACAGGAUGCCUUUGAUCAGGAAAAAAUUGUCCUCUUGUACCUCCUGCGUUACGAGCUGCUUAAUAGCAGGAACUACGGUUCAUUGCCUGGCAACCAGCAGAGGCUGGUCAACUUGCAGAGUGACGAUAAUGUGGAAGAAGCAAACAAACGAGCCAUUAAUUCUGCAGCAGAGGGAAGAGAAGGGAUUAAUGGGAGUUUGGAAGAUAUCCCUAACAUAUUUAGAAGUCAGGGGACUACCUUACAUAGUGUGGCUGGUACACAAAUACAGAGAGAUGUGAGACCUAAUGAAAGGCAUAUGAAUGCUGCUGAACCAAAUGCAGGUAACCAAAGCGUUGAACAGCAAAAUGACUUUGUUUGGCAGGACUGGUUAAAAGAACCGGAUAUUUUUAAUAACAAAAGUUUUCAAAGAAAUGAAUAUGAAAAAGCAUUAUAUAAAGGGUUAUGGCUUUACAAAUACCCAAAUAAUACAAAAGAAAGUAGUAUAAAGGAUUUAAUGAAAAUAUUUGAUGAAUGUGGGUUUGGCAUCAUGAAAAUAAUUAUUAAAGAUAACAAAACUGAAAUGGAUCAGUUAUACAAAAAAAUAGAAGAUGUUAAUGACAAAAUUCUGAAUGACCUGUUGUUUACAGUUGAAAAUGAAAAAGCUAAGUAUUAUAACAUUAAAAAGAAAGUGGAUGAAAAAUGUUAUAAUAACUCUAGAAGAAAAGCUAAGAAAAUAGACAGGGAUGUAUUAGAAUACAAAGAGAAGAAAUGUUACCCUAAAACUAAGACAGGGGGAAGAUAUGGUGGCUAUUAUGGUGCAUACAAUAAUGGUGGAUUUGAAAGGAAUGGUAGAGUUAAACAGGGAGAUUUAGGCCUAUACUAUCGUGCUUAUAACAAAAAUGAAUGGGAAGCUAGUGAGUAUAAUGAUACUUAUACCAGAGUACAUUUUAAUAAUAGUGAUAGAUUAAGUGAAAAUGAACAAGAAAUAAGGGAAAGUGAGAAUCAAGUGUAUGACCUAAAUGACCCUUUGGAUUUUCCCCUACCGAGACGGUCGGAGAGGAUUCGGAACAAAUCAACAACAGAAUACAGCAGGUGGGCCAACAUUUCUUUGGCUGUCUUUAAGACUGACAAAGAUAUUGAUCCUCUUCGAAUCGAGCAUGAGAUUUUCUGUGGAGAAAUAAAGCAGGAUCCAGUUGAGAUCCUCAGGCACAUUAUAUCUGAUAUAUACUUUCCACUUUUAAGAGUUCAACGAGACUGGGGCAGCUGUAAUCAAGAAACUGUCAUCCAUUUCCUUACCGGUUUGGACAGAUAUGUAAUGGCUCUUCAGGAUUCAACAAAUACACUAAACUCAGAAAGGCAGCAGAUCCUGAAGCGUCCAAUACAUCUUGUGAACCCUGAUUUCAUGCAGCAGAGAUCAUCGAACUUAGACCCUGAAGUUAUCAAGGAGAAUGAAGAGCUGGUUUCUGAUUGGAUGAAGACCAUUGAGCAAGUUCUUUCAGAGGCUGUUGAUGACAGGGUGUUGGAUAUUAAUACUACACCAUUAACUGAACUUGACCGAUGGCACAGAAGACAAAGAAUUCUGGGGUCUAUUACUGAUCAGUUAAGGGGAAAGGAAUGUAAAAUGACUAUUGGAUUUCUAAUUUCUGCAAAAUCACGGCUUCUUAAAAAGUGGAAGGCUGUAGAUAUCAGCAUUACUGAUGCAACCAAUAGCACAAAAGACAGGGUUAAAUACUUGGAAGCACUUCGUCGCCACUUUGAAUCUUUGGCCAUUGACAAUAACCCAGUCAAUUUUGUUAAUGCAGCCUUGCCAGCACUUUUCAAUGGAAUUAAACAGAUGGACAAUGUUUCCCGUUUUUAUGCCAGGAAUGGGUAUCUUGGCCUACUAUUUACAAAGAUCUCAAACCAACUAGCUCUUUGCUGCCGUGAAUUUGUUAAAGAGAUCAUCGUGGCUGAAAACAAUGAAGACAGACUCUGGGAAAAAAUCAAAGAAGAUAUUAUAAAUAAGAACUUUGUGCCGGUGCCAAUUGUUUCACACAAAAAGAAAACAAAGAAAGAAAAAGUGCAAGAGACAGAUGAGGAAAGCAACAUUUUGUAUGACAGGAUUCAUGCUUGCUUGACUCUCCAUUCUUUCUACUUGGAUGCUGUACGUCAGUUACGGGAAGGGUUAGGAGGACAUCAUGCCUUGCACAAUUUCCCAUCAAACAGUUCUCUCUCCACUAUUCAAGGGAAGGUGCCGAGUUCUGUAGCAACACUGAAAACAACCAAGGGCAAUGCUAAGAGAUCUUCCUCAAUCACAUCAGUGUCUGAUCACCAUGAUUACCAAGGGAUGGGAGUACCACUCACUGAUGAAGACACCAUUUUGUACCAUCUGGACAUGAUCUGUAAGAGGCUAAAACAGCUUGGUGAUAUCAUUAUAACACUGUACCAGUACACUAAGCUGUCAAAAGAGACAGAAGGACUAAGGAAACCCUGCCGUGAAGACCUGUUGGGAGAUGAUGGAAGUGAGAGUGGAAGUAUCGGGGAGAUGGCAGGACAGGAAGAGUACACUGCUACAGAUCCUGUUAGAAGUGAUGGGAGUGUACAUCAAACAGAAUCCUACCAACUAGGACUGAACUCAGGACACUUACAAACUCUGAUAGAAGAAGAUGAAAUUCAGAGUUCUGUACCUGGCUCUGUACUUAUCACUUAUCCACAGCCACAAGACAAAAAUAAUGAUGAUGAUGGUGAUGGACUCAUAUUUAAUGAUGAGCAGAUAGAGAUUCUUAAACCUCAAAAUGAGGAAGAAGGUGAUGAAGAGGAAUGUACUCUUUCCAGAGAAGAAAAACGGCUACUCGCUAACCUGUAUGACUGGGAAGAUCCAGAGGAUGAAGGCCCUCUUUUACCUACUAUACUUAAAGAAAAUUUGAGUCAGAUGUUGGACACAUUGAUGUUGACAAUUGAUACAAGGGCACUUAUGGAUACUGAGAGAAGGGAACAAAGUCCAUUUGAGGAAGGCUAUUCUGAAUUCCUUGUUAUGAACCAGCAGCUGGAAAAAUAUCUCUCUGCCUACCUCCAGGCCUUAUUUCUCAGGAGAAUGCCAACUAAAGAAGCACUUGCAAUUCUUAAAAGGUUUUCUGUAGUGAGUAACAGACAAGGCAUCCAGCCAAUGGUCAAUGAGUGCUAUGUCAAAGUGUUUGACUGGUUUUAUGAAGAAUUAAAAGAAAUCAAGGAUCUGUACGAAACGUUCAAGGAAACCCCUGAUGUUCCAAAAAACAUGCCUCCAGUGGCUGGUGCUAUUUCCUGGUCUAGACAACUACUAUCAAGAAUUGAAGAAAAUAUGAAGGUCUUUCGCGAUGUGAAGAUCAAGACAACAACCUACAAUUACUCACAGACGGUUAAGCUGUACAAUCGAAUUGCAACAGCCUUGGUGGCAUAUGAAGCCCUUUGGCUGCAGAACUGGAAGGUUCAGGCAGAGAAGGGGCUUGGAAGUCUGAAUGCAACUCUUCUGGUACGAAAUCCUGCUACACAGAACCUGAUGGUGAACAUAGAUCAGAGAAUUAUUCAGCUGAUUGAAGAAACUAAAUGGAUGGUGAGACUUGGCAUUGAGGUUCCAGAGGCAGCUGUUCUUGCUUUGAAAGAGGAAAAGAAGCUGAAGAUGUACAAAAGUCAUCUGGAGAACAUAGUACAGGAAUACCAAAAAGUAAAGGACAUGAUUCCACCCUGCCUCGCAUUGCUCUUUCAGCCUCAAACAGAAGCCACCAAUCAUCAGUUUCAACCAGGCCUGUCCACGUUGGCAUGGAACAGUGUGAACAUUGAGGCUUUUCUUCAUCAGACCUAUGUGGCAGUCACCAGGCUCAGAAAUCUCACAGAGAAAGUUCGAAAAAUCAAGGAAGAGACCAUUGAUCCAGCAAUUGAGGAAAUCUCCAGCCGGAUUCUGAUUGAUGUGGAUAACGUUAUCGUAGAGCCAAUGAUUCCUGCAGUUUUUUUAGAGAUGAUUUCAUCAUCUUCAUCCAGGAAUCGGGCAGAUCUGGAAAAUGUGGUUACUACUGUGAAAAAUUCCCUUUCAGAAAUCAUUACAGCUCUUGGGACAGUGGAGAAAACUUCUUCAUCUCCAAACCAAAGCUACAAGCCAUCAGUGAAGUCUGGGACAGGCCUCUCUCAUUCCAGACUGCAUCAAGCUCUGGUUCGAGCCCAACAAGUGACCAGCUCUGCAGCAGUUAGUGUUAGUGAAUUUCCAGAGGAGCUCACCAGCCAGGUCUUAACGUACUUCAGUGAUCAACUAUAUAAGGCUGUGUAUACCAGUGUCAGCCAUUCUUUGCUAACUCUGGCUAAAGUGUUAGGGUGUGAAAUACCAUCUAUGAUAAAAGAGAAACAAUUCAUGCAUGAAGAAGAUAAUCGUGAUCAUCAUGAUGUACUUGGCACUAGCAGAAGUAUAAGUUCCUCUGAAGUCUCCAUACGCCCAAUUUCUUCCAUGUCUGCAGUGUCAGACAUCCACAAAUACUCAACAACAGCGGACACAAUGAUGUUAAGAUAUAAAAUCAGACUUCAGUUCCAGAUCCCAAAUAUUGUAAUGGAUCCUCCCCUGGACACAGUCCAGGAUUUACUGAAGCAGGCCACUGGAAUCAUCACGGCUGUCAGUGAUGCAGCAAGCUGGUGGGGGGGAGAGAAGAAGGGAAAGUCCUUCUGUUCCUCUAUCACCGAUGAUGAAGUCAUUCAAAAUAUCAGCAGUCACAUAAGUGAGGUGGUGACAAAUCUGAAAACAGAUGUCAAGAGGCAUGUACUGCGCUUAAGCUACUAUGAUUUCCUAUGGAAAGAUGAUUUAAGUGGACAGUUUGAAGAAUUUAUAGCUGCUAACCCAGGUUGUUUAGCAAUCGGCAAAGAGGUAGACAGACUACUGAAGACUGAACAGAAAAUACUAUCCCUUCCAGAGGAGAUUCAAGUAGGAUGUAUUUCCUUGGAUCUAACCCUUAUCAAAGACACUCUGAAAGGUUUUGCAGGAGCUUGGAAAUUCAAAUAUGCAGCGGUUUUACACCAGGAUGCCAAGGAACAGCUGGAUGGUGCUUUGAAGUACAGGCAGAAAGCUCAGAAUAUGUUAACUGAGGAUGUUUUGACUCUGGAACAAUUAAAUGAUUCUCUCAGCUUGUUGGAGGAACUACAGGAUAUGCAGCAUAAAAUUGAUGACAUAUAUCAACCUAUUGAGGCAAAGUAUGAGCAACUCAGGUCAUACCAACUCAGAAUACCCAGAGAGGAAAUAACAGAAGUUGAGCAGCUGAGAGAUAAAUGGGCAGAAUUGAUGAUUCAGACAGAAAAGGUAAAGGAAAUGUUAUUAAAAGAUAGACAAGACACAUUUAAACAGGAGCUUGACAAGCAAGUUAAGAGCUUUAUGGUUGAAGUUGUCCAGUUUCGUAUUAAAUUCGACACAGAAGGUCCAGCAGCAUCAGGUGUGAGUCCCGAGGAAGCAGUUGCACGACUUCAUGACUUUGAAGAAGAAUAUCAAGUUUAUGAUUCUAAGAGAAGGACCCUAAACUCAGUACAGAGACUUUUUGGCUUGAUUCCCAGGUCAUUUCCUGAACUCGACAGGACUGGAAAGGACUUGAAGCAUUUGGGCACACUGUAUGAGCUCUUCCAAAAGUUUAUUCAUUUUGACCAGCGAUUCAGAAACAUGCUAUGGGCAACUGUGGAUCUUCAACAAAGUAACAAAGAGAUUGAAGAAUACUGGACAGAGUGCCAGACCUGGAAUGACAGGCUAAAGGACUGGGAUGCAUUUAAUGGGAUGGCUGGACAGAUCAAAUUCUAUGUGGACUGUUUUCCCCUUUUACACAAACUGGCUGCAAAGGAAAUCAGAAAUCGCCACUGGCUACAAGUAAUGUCAGUUACUGGAAGUUCUUUCCCACUGGAGGCUAAUGUAUUUAAACUUCAACACAUUUUGGAAAUCGAACUGAUAAAGCACCAGGAAGAAAUUACUUCGAUUGCCGAAGCAGCUGGUAAAGAAAUGGAACUGGAAGUGAAGAUGAGAAGGGUUGAAGAGGAAUGGAGUGAACAGGUGCUGACUUUUGAGAUCUACAAGAACCGAGGACCAAUCCUUUUAGUUAAAGAAGAUUCGGUUUACUUGUUGGAACAACUAGAAGAUGCACAGAUACUUCUUGCCCACAUGCUAACCUCCAGGCAUAUUGGGCCACUGAGGGAUGAGGCAACAUCUUGGGUAGAAAAGCUGAAAGGAGUGGGUGUUGUAUUAGAACUCUGGAUUGACGUACAAGAACUUUGGCAGCAUCUGGAGGCCAUCUUUAGUAGUUCUGUCAUUAUCAAGGAAUUACCUCAAGCAGCUAAGCGCUUUGGAAGAUUUGACCGAAGCUGGGUUAAGAUGAUGAGAUCUGCUUACAACACAAAGAAUGUUCUGCAGUGCUGCUGUGGAGGAGAUGUUCCUAAAGAAGUUAUUCUUAAGCACAUGUAUGAAGAAUUAGAAAUUUUCUUCCGAUCCCUCACUUCAUACCUAAACAGGACUAGGCAGGCCUUCCCACGGUUUUACUUCUUGUCGGAUUUGGCCCUGCUGUCUCUCCUGAGCCACCCACAUGAUAUAAGAUACCUUCAGCCUCAUCUAAGUUCUCUCUUUAGUGGGGUUUCUGAUAUUAUUCUGGAGAAGCCUGAAGUGGAAGAGAAUGUCAUAACAGUGGAUGAACCUGCCGAAUGUCAUUCAGUUGCUGAUUUCCAAAGCAUCUAUUCUGGAAAUGAUGGUUGGCUUUCGGGGAGACAAAGAAGCAUGACACAAAUGACAGAUAGUGAAACUCUUUUCCAGAGAUCCUUGAAAUCACACAACAGGGUCAGUCACUUUUAUCCACAGACAUCUCCCAAAUACAGCAAUUAUAGCAACAUUGUUGAAUACAUGCUUAUCAGAUAUAAUGAUUUUUCUCAAAGACCUCCUGGUUUUAAAUUCGGUAAGUCUAGUUUCCAACCACCAAUGGACAAACAUGUUGCGAUUUUCAAGGAAUGUGCCAUCAAAGAUUUACAUUUUUCGACCAGAUACCAACCUACCACUACACAUAAUCUUACUCAAGCUGAAAAACUAGCGUUACAAGAACUUCAACAGAAUCAUGAUAUUGUUAUCACUCCAGCUGACAAGGGAGGUGGUAUUGUUGUCAUGGACUAUUAUAUGUAUCAAGCGGAAGCUCUGAAGCAAUUAUCUGAUGCUAGAUCUUACAUUAAGAUGGUUGUUGAUCCAACACCUAACUUUAAAGUACACAUAGACUCCUUUUUGGAUUUAGCUGUGGAUGAAGGUAUCAUUAGUGAACAGGCUGGUGCUACACACAGAGACUCCUUCUCCGCAGUUUGUGUUGCACCUGAUACAGUAACAUUGGCUGUGGCAGUUACAGCAGUGGAUGAAGAAAUUCUUCAGUUAGAUGAAAAGGUUACUCUAAGUUCUGGGCUAGAGAUCUGGCUAUCAAGCUUACAGCAGUCAAUCGUCAGAACAAUAGAUAGCAAUAUUUACAAAGUGGCUCAAGACAUUGAUCAGGGAAUGACUUUUGAUGAAUGGACAUAUAAGUACCAGGCUCAAGUCUCCAUCCUUGGACUGCUUUUCUUCUGGACCAAGGACUGUGAAGCUACCAUUUUGGAAGCCAAAACAGAUCGCAAGGCAUUUUCUAGCACACUGAAGAAGUAUUCCGGCAUGAUCAACCGCCUGUGUUCGAUCAUUUCAAAAGGGAACUGGAAGCACACAGAGGAAGUCAUCUCCAGCUACCAUAAGCUGAAGUUAGAAAACAGCAUCAUGCAUGCACUUUAUUUACGAGAUGUAUUGGAAAACCUGAGCAGCAGCAAGGUUCGGGAACCUACAGACUUUGACUGGAAAAAGACCGUAAGGUUUUACAUACACGAAAAAGAUAAUUCUCCAAGACAUGAGUUGCAUAUCUUUGACAGCCAGUAUAAAUAUGGAUGUGAGUUCCAUGGUGCUAGAGUUCCUCUUAUUCCAAAUCCCAACACAGACAAAUGUUUCCUUAUUCUUUCCCAGACUAUACAGAAAAUGAGUGGAUCAGUCAUUCAUGGAGACCAUGGAACUGGGAAAACUGAAACUGUCAAGGCAAUAGCACAUUUGCUUGGACGGUUCCUUUUACUGUUUACCUGCUCUUCUCAUGUUGAUCUCACUUCAGUCAGACGGGUGCUACAGGGGGCUGCUGUUGAUGGCUGUUGGAGCUGUUUUGAUGAUAUCCACCUUCUGACAAAUGAUGCUAUCUCAGUAUUUCUUUUUGGUGCACAGACUAUCUAUGAUGCUGUAAAAGCCAAACUUUCAACAUGCGUUUUGUUUGAUGGCCAACAGAUUGAACUGGAUAGAAAUUUCGGCCUGUUCCUAACAGUACACCAAAAGUCUGAACUGAGGAAAUUACCUAGCAAUGUCCGUCAGCUGUUUCGAAGCAUCUGUCUCUCUGCACCCAAGCAAAGUGUCCUUUUCAAAGCAAAACUUGUCAGUCUUGGGUUCAAGAACCCCCGUAUCCUUGCAAGUCGCAUUCAGCUGGUGGUUGAACUCCUCAAGGAACAACUCCCUGAUAAUUACCACAACCUUGUCAGCUUUGACUCCCUACUUAGUGUUCUUCAGAGGGCUAUCCAAAAAAAGGAGCUGGACUUGGAUGAAAAGCAGGAUGGGAAAACAGACAGACUGGACCUAAAGAGUGAAGCAGGCCGACAGUCCCGAUCCAGCAGCAGUACCUCUCUUCAGCCGUACUCUACAUCCGCAUUAAGUAGCCUGAAGACAACUUACAGUGCGGAUAAGCACAGGAAGAGCAUCUCUUCAAAUCUGAUCUCCACAGCUGCACGAGUGGGUCACAUUCUUGUUGCAGAAGCUUUGCAAGAAGUUCUGGGACCUAGAAUGAUUGGUGAUGAUCUUUUUAUUUUCAACAAAAUUGUUAAAGAUGUCUUUGGCGGAAUGUAUGAUCCUUUUGGAGUAAAUCAGACAUCACUAGUAGACCUUGAGCAAGCAAUUGCUGCCAGUGCUACAGAUAAUGAUCUUGUUCCUCAUCCACGCUGGGUCAAUAAAGUAAAACAACUGUUUGGUCUCUGUCUGGUGCACCAUGGAAUAAUUGUAGCUGGUUCUCCAGGGUCUGGAAAAAGUACUUGCAUUUCUACCUUAGUGCAAGCCCUUGGUCUCCUUCAAGUUGAUCAGCAGCCUUCCUCACCACGCAUUCAUGCUCCUGAGAUGUCCUCCACACAGAGACUUGUGAAGAUCAACCCCCUGGCUGUAGAUGAUUUUGCACUGCUUUUUGGUCAUGAAACAGCUUCUCACAGCUGGGUAGAUGGAAUUAUAACCUACGCUUGGAGAAAAGCAAUCAGGAAUCACAGCAAUACCUGGCUCUGUUUUGAUGGACCUCUCAGUCCAAGUUGGGCUGACAAUUUCAACAGCGUACUGGGACAAGACAAGGUUUUACAACUGAGCAAUGGAGAUCAGUUGCAUUUGAUGGGAAACAUGAAACUUUUGUUUGAGACUUCUGAUCUAACCUAUGCUUCACCUGCUACUGUGACAAAAGCUGGAAUCCUUUAUAUUGAAGAAGAUGCUCUUGGCUGGAGACCAUUAGCUAAAGCAUGGCUGCAGAAAAGAAGUCAACAGGAAAAUGUAGUAUUAUCCAAGGUCUUCAAUAUGACACUGGAUCCGAUUUUUCGCUAUGUGCUGCAUGAUACUCAACCUCUUGUACCUGUAACUGAGGUUGGACUUUUUCAAGCUUGCACCAGCCUGCUGGCAGCCAUGUUGAAUGAUAAAGCCCAAAGCUUGGGAGGACAACUUCAUAUUGAAAGGCUUUUUCUUUUUUCCCUGAUUUGGACAGUGGGAGGAGUUCUACAUGGGGCUGAAAAGAAACGUUUUAAUGACAUCCUUCAAGCUCAUACAACAGUGUUACCAGACUAUGAACAUGAAAUUUCUCUCUUUGACUACUAUGUGGAUGAAUCAGGAGAAUGGGACAGCUGGCAGUCUCGUCUCCCUCAAAUGAACUACGUAGGGAGCACAGACAUCCAGGGAGAAGUCUUCGUGGAGACCAUAGACACAAUGAUUGUUCGCUCACUCAUGGAAUACUCUAGCAUGGGUUCUCAGAAUGUACUGCUAAUUGGUCCUCCAGGUUCUGGAAAAACUGCUAUGAUUAAUGACUUCAUUAAUGCACAAGAUAAAUCACACACCCUGGUAAAGAGAAUGGUGUUCUCAAGAGCCACAAAAGCUGCCAGCUUACAACAGCUCAUAACACAGAACACUGUACAUCGGCAGGGUUUUAAUUAUGGAGCAAGAGAUGGAAAAAUCUUUCAGCUGUUUUUGGAUGACAUCAACCUCCCAAACUCUCAGGAGCAAGGUGUGCAGCAUUGCCAUGAGCUCCUAAGACAGUUAUUGGAUGAUAGAUUCCUGUUGAAGCUCAGCAAGCCCUUUGAAUGGCAAACUUUGCAAGGACUGGUGGUACAGGCUGCCAUGUCUGUAGCAGGCUAUCCCAGCAGCCUCAAAAGGGCAAUGUCCCAAAGACUCCUGCGGCAUUUUAUCAUAUUACAUCUUCCAGUUGCAGAAGGACCUUCACUUCAUCAGGUUGUAUUUUCCAUUCUUGAGGCUAAUGCAGGUGACAGAGAUGGACAUUCACUGUCCCAAGAACUUCAAGAUGCUCUUGUCUCUGCAUCAAGUAGUUUGCUGGAAGCUGUGAGGAGUGUCUUACUGCCAUCUCCCACACCAGGACGACAUCACUACCGUUUUUCCUUAGCAGAUAUCACAAAGGCAUUUCAGUGCCUUCAAAGGUUAUCAGGUGACAACAGGGGUGAUCCUUCAGUGGUGGUUGCUUUUUGGCAGCAUGAAAUCCAAUGCAUUCUAGGAGACAAGCUGUGCCGGCGGUCAGAUCUGAACUGGAUGAAUGAUCAGCUCAGCCAAAUAAUCAGACAGAACUUUCCUGAUCUUCCAUUGGAGUCAUUAGCAAAGCAUUUUGUAACAUUUCCAAUGAAAAUGAAAUCAUCCAGUCCUACAUUCAGUGGAGAAUUACACAAAGGAAUCAAGGUAUCCCUGAAUCGUGUGAGUCAAGUUCAGGAAGUACAAAUCUCCCUGCAGGCCUACCUACAACACUACAAUGAGGGCCUUGGAAACCAGCAGAUUAACAUUGAAUUGUCAGAGAACCUUGCUUGCUAUGCGCUGCGAAUACACAGAGCCUUAACUUAUCGGAGCAGUGGGAACAUUCUCUUGGUGGGUUCUGUUGGUCGUCACCUUAGCUCACUUGCCAAGUUAGUACUUCAUGUAGCUGGUGUGCCUGUCCAUCCAAUGGACAUGUCUGAACGAAGCACCUUUUUCAGCAGUCUAAAGACAGCUAUUCAGAUAGCAGGAGUGGAAGGGAAAACUAUAGCUAUUUUACUCACAGCCAGAGAACUCACUGAUGACUCUUACUUGGAUGCCGUCAACAGUAUUUUAUCAUGUGGGGAAUACCCACCACUUUUUUCUGCUGAAGAAAUUAAUGACUUUUUGCAGGUUCUAAAACCAGCAAUUCGAGCACAGUGUCCUUAUCUUGCCAAUGACCCAAUCAAAUUUUUUGUUUCUCGAGUAAAGUCCAAUCUGCAUGUGAUUUUAUGUUUGCCUCCAAACCAUCAGAUACUACAAAUGGCAUCAGAGAACUAUCCUGGACUUCUACGUGGAUGUCAGGUGAUCUGGAUUCGUGACUGGUCUCCUGAAGUUGUCCUAAAGGAGGCAGAACAUUACCUCAACAAAUAUAAUGUAUUAAAUGAGCAUUCUGAAGAAACAAGAGAUAAUGUAGCCAAGAGUAUAGCAUCUGUUCAUGUUCAAAUGCUGAAGGAACGCCACCAGAUUCCUUGGACUGGAAAUACUGAAGCCACGAUUUCUAUUAAUACAUCCACUGUACAGAAGAAAGAAAAUGAUGGUAAAGAAACAGUGCUGGAAGAAAAGGUAGAUGUACCCAACUUUUCAUACUCCAAAGACAUUCUGAAGGAAAGGAUUGAUCUUCUUAACAGACUGACUACAAAGACAAAUGAGCAUGAGGUUUUCUGUGGCCCCAGCACAUUACAACACUUUCUCGACUGUUUUAGUUACAUCUACCUUAAAAAGAGUGCUGAAGAGCAGCAGACCAUAACUGCAAUGAAGAAAGCAUUGGAAACAUUAGCACAGACAAGGACUGAUGUAAGAGCAACCCAGGAGAAAGUCACAAAAAUAAGUCAACAGUAUGACAUGACAGAACACACUGCAGCAGAAAUAUUGACGAAACUGACAAGCAAAGCUUCAGCUUUAGAAUUGUUAAAAGCACACCUAGGUAUUGGUGCUGCAAAACUUCAGGAAUAUCUACAGCAGAAUGAAGCAGAAGCAGAAGAUAAGGAACAGGAAGAACUGCUUAAUGAUGAUGAUGUUGAUGAAUAUGAUGAAGCCUUUCUUCGCAUGAAGGAGCUCAACAGCAGGUCAGUGAUGAGCGAGUUAGAAGAACAAAUUCAGAAAGCAUAUGGUGAGCUUGAAGAAGCACAAAACAACCUGAGACAUGCACAAAGCCAGGUAAUGCACUGGUGCAACAAAGUAGACAAGGGUUGUGUUGAACGCCUACUACGCUAUCAGAAUCCGCCACCUCUUGUAACACAGGUACUAGAAAUGGUGCUAGUUAUGGUUGGCAUUUUGCCAUCUCAUAAUGAGAGUGACUCUGAAGUACUAAGACCUCAAAAAGUAGAGUCUCCUGAACGCAGAAGUUCAUAUAUGUCUUCAGCAGCUCAGACUUCUCCAAGAAGGCAAACCAGAGGAAAAGAUUCCAAAGACAAAGCUGACCGCCUUAAAUGGAAGAGCCUGCAAGGUUACAUCACUGACAGUGGCAAGUUCACAGAAGUUAUACAAAAUGUUGCUAAAUUGGAAGAAGGCUUGCCAGAUGACAUACUUAUGGAAGUAGAAUCCUAUCUGGGAAAAGCAAAAGGUGGUCACCAUGGAAUAACGGGAGAAGGGUCACUGCUUGAGAAUGCUGCACCAAAUGCCACACCUCAGACCAUCACACCAGCCAAAAAAUUUAGGGCAAGUAACAGCAACCAGUCCGAAGGUGCCAGCAGAGGAAAAAUAACCAUUGCAGGGGCCAGAUACAGUUCUGAGGAUGCAGCAGCUCUGGUGACGUUUGUUGUGGCUGAAGUGGAGUACAGCAAGAUCUGUGGACCUCUGAAAUCCUGUCUUCAGAGGAUUAGAGGGUUAGAAAAAGAGAAGGAGGAAUAUAACAGAAUGCAGAUGCUGAAACAGCAGGAACCCACAGAAGAAGAUGAAGAACUGCAGAACUCAGAGCAAGAGUCACCAGUUUUAUCAGAAAAGGAUCUGACCACUCUUCAGACAGAGGUUCAGCAGCUUCAGGAUGAAUAUGACAUUGCUGUAGUCCAUAAACACAAGCUUGCAGAAGAGCUUCAUUCCCUUCGAGACAGACUUCAGGCAGCACGGGAGGUGCUAAACAGUCUAAAGGUUCUGGAGCAGCAAUGGCAAGAAACCGUGAAACUUUACAGUUGUUCUGAGCUCCUCACAAACUGUCUGAUCACUGCUGCUUUCCUCACCUACUGUGCAGCCUUCAGUCCUGAAGCAAGGCAAAGUAUGCAGAAGGUCUUCUGGCAACACUGCAAAGAUCAAGGUUUGGUAGUUCCCCAAAGGGCCGUGCUAAAAGACCUUUCUCUGAUGCACUUUCUCCACAGCUCAGUAGAGUUGAAGAGGCUUGAACUAAAGGAUCUACCACUGAAUGGACUGGCUCUUGACAAUUCUUGCAUCCUUACAAAUGAAGAAUGUAACAGCUCCUGGGUUUUUGUCUGUGACCCUACUGCACAGGCUAUCAAAUGGAUGAAAAAUCACCUUCCAGAGCAAUGCGUAGAAGUCAGAUAUCAUAACCUUCAGUCUCAGAUUGAUCACUGCCUCUCUGAUGGGACUCCUCUGCUGCUCACCUACUGCGAUGCUCAGAGUUUAGCCAAGGACAAAAGAUUUGCACAUGUACUCCGUUCCAAGAACCUAUUCCAGAAAAAGAUGGUGGCAUUCAAAAUGAUGGUUGCAGAUCAUGAGGUUGAGUGCCAGCCAGGUUUCCGACUUUACUUGCACACAGCCAGCCUUCCCCAUGAAGUGCCUGCAGAGGUUGCAGCUUUCUGUAGCUUACUUCAUUUUCGCCAAGACAGAGAGGGAUUAGAGGAACAGCUUUUGGACAGAUUUGUACAACAGGAAAAGAGAAGACUGAAAGAAGAGCGUGCGAUACUGCAGCAGGAAUGCAUGGAAAAUCUGCAAGAGCUCACCACAUUGGAGAAAAGCUUGGUCAACACACUUGGCAGUGACACGUCCCUCCUGAAUAGUCUUGCUGUCAGUAAGAAACUGAAUGACCUAAAGCAGCAGUAUGACGAAGCCCAUGACACGAAAUCAAGGCUCAACUCCACAUCACAGACUAUUCAGCGUGGACGGGAAGGAUUUCGGGAGAUUGCACAAAGAGGAGCUCUCCUGUUUGAGACAGCGUAUUCUAUGAGGCAGCUAAACAGCUUGUACUGCAUUAGUUUUGACCAGUUGCUUGAUAUCUUUCAGUCAUCUGUGGUACAUUCAGAAAGGUCUCCAGUAAAGGUUGUGCUGACUCGUCUAACAAGUAAUGUAUUUGCCUAUGUUAAACGAUCCUUACUGGAGAAAGAUAGAAUGCUGUAUGCCUUGUUGGUGGCACUUGAGGUUGAAUAUUCUGUAGGCCACAUCAGGCCAGGUGAAAUAGAGUUUGUCAUUUCGCCAGAAUCUAGCAUGGUAGCAAUGCAAAUGAGGGGCAUUAAACCCUCCGAGAGUCGACAACAAGCAAAAAAUCCUUUUGACUGGAUGACUGAAAAUCAAUUUAAAAAUUUGCAGAUCUUAGGUACUUACCACAGCUGGUUCUGGGAGUCAUUUGAUCGGAUGUACAGAGAUGGCAAGGAUUUGACCUGGAAAACCUUUGUUAAUAGUGAGCAACUUGAAAACCCAGCAAAAACAAAGUGGCCUGAUGGUCUGGAUAAUGCCACCCCACUUCAGAGAUUCCUUGUUGUGAGGGCUGUACGCAGUGACCGGAUUUUGCAUGCAGCAUCUGUUUUUAUCGGUACCAUCUUGGGAAAGAUCUACACUACAGAAAUGUCUAGUGAUCUUCAAACCUGCUUGGUCAAGAUGUCACCGCAAAGGCCAGCAUUACUGAUCUAUAGUACUGAUAGUGAUAUUCCACGCAAGCUUUUCCUGGAUUUAGCAAACAGAAAGCAAGCAAGAUCUGUUAUCUGCCCAGUCAGUAACUUUGGUAGUGCUGAAGAGCACAUCAAACAUGUCCUAGCGCAAAGCAUGGCCAAGGGGGAAUGGGUGCUGCUGGAAAACAUUCAUAAUUCGAACAGCUUAAUGAAUUCACUAGAAGAACUACUAGAGAAAGACAAGAGUUCAGAGAAGCACUUCCGUCUGUGGAUCUCUGUUCAGGCUAAUCCUGUUCUACCUGUCAGACUGCUUCACACCACUGAGAAGAUACUUGUGGACAUACCUAUGAGUAUGAGAGGGGCCCUAAUGAGAUCAUUUCAGUGCAUGGCUCCAGGCACUCUUACUGACACAUGCUAUCCAGAAUGGGCAGCUGUUCUGCAUAACCUCUGUUUCCUGCACUGUGCCAUCAGGCUGAGGUCUCAGUUUGGAGAAACUGCAGGUUGGAACUACAAGGAUACCAUGCUGUUUGGAAAUACAGAACUUAUGGAAGCUUUGGUGAUGCUGAGUGACGAAUUUAAGGAUGUGGUGUCAGACGAUGGAGGGCAAGGUGUUUCCUGGGCUGGUGUCAGAUACCUAUUAUCAGAUAUCAUAUAUGGGAGUAAUAUAAUAGAUGACAGUGACCAGGCAUCCCUAGCAGCAAUGAUAGACUACUGGAUUAGUCCUGCUACAACAAAACGAGAUUGCGAACUAACCAGAAUCAGAUACAAGAUUCCUGCCAGCUUCUUCACUACUAAUGCUUCCCUAAGUUCGUUGGUCCAGGCUAUAGAUGGCCUACCCCCACAUUUGUUAGACACACCUGAGGCAUUCAACAUGCAUCCUACUCCUGACAUUCACUUUGGAGAUGACAGUUACCUUCUGAGCUGGCUAAACUCAUUAUGUGCCUCAAGGCUGAAGCACACAGAUCAGAAGCAAUCUAUGAGCCCUAAGAAAAGUACAGCAGCUGUUUCCUCAGUUUACUCAUUCAGAGAAUCCACCCUAGUGGCAGCUCAAGCAGGUCAUGGCCCACAGACCAGCAGCAUUGUCAAACAAAGCAAAGAAGUGGAGCUCUUGGAAAUCUGUAAUAACCUUCUACCCAAAGUACCAAAGGGAUGGAGUAAGGACUUUAUCAGUGAGCGAUUAAGAAAACUUGGUGGGAAUACACCCUUCAACCUGUUCAUAAAAAAGGAAUUGAGUCACCUUAUGUUUCUGCUAUCAGAAAUUAAAAGAAACCUGCAGGCAAUAAAGAGUGUGUUUGAAUCAGAGAAUACCUUGGGAGACCAGCUGUCUGCUGCUGUAAUGUCUGUUGCCCAUGAUUUAUUCCUCAACCGUACUCCAAAACAUUGGUGUCAAAUAGGAGGAAGUGUAACUCCUCCUUCAAAAUGGAGUCCAACAACCUGGAUCAGUGAGUUACAGCAACGUGUAGCACAUUUUGAGAAAAUUCUUCACUUGGGUCGUGAAAAAAUGCCAACAUACUGGCUUGGAGCAUUUAGAAACCCUCAAGGACUUCUGUCUGUUGUAAAACAGGAGACUAUUCAUCAAUAUGCAGAAAAGACAGGAAAUGCAGAACCUGUUAUACUGCAGACUGAAAUAACACAGCGAGACAAAGAACAUAUGCGGGACCCCCCUCAGGAAGGAAUGUUUGUGUAUGGAGUCUACAUGUGGGGAGUAUCGUGGAACACUAAUGAAGCUGAGCUGCUCGAUUCACCUGCGAAACAAAGCCCCGCUGCUCUUCCUGUGAUUCACCUACACUGUAUGUCUGCAUCGGAGAAACUCAGUCACACUGACUCUGUGAAAGCAACUAGUACAUACCAGUGUCCUGUGUACAUCUCCACAGUUUCCUUACGAGAACCUGUCUUCCACAUAGGAAUCCACAAAGAGAAUAUACAAGCAUCCCGAUGGGCUCUAAGGGGCACAAAAGCAACACUGCAUCCAUUUUAGACUGCUUGACAAUCUAGUCUCAUUUGUGAAAAUACACUGUGCACUAAAGUACAGUAAAACAUAGGUCAACUGAUAAUAGAAUAUAUAUUUUUGAAAAUAAACUGAAGAUACACAAAACGAUGGCUUACAUCAUUUACUUUGUUAUGAACUGAGUUAUAGUUUACCUAAUUUUUAGUGAUGUGGCAAAUGAAAUGGUACCUGUAAUUCAGUCUUAAUUAUAAAAUAUACCACAAAGUUCAAAAAGCAACAGUUGGAGUCCGAAAGGGUGCAGAGGUAAGACUAGAUUGUGUAAAAUCCAAAAGAUAGUGCACUACCACUUCCCAGAAUAGAAAAGUAGUUUAUUAAAACCAAGAUUCACUGACAAAACAAAGGAGACUAAGGUAAGCUUCAGUCCUUUAGAACAGAUGGGAUAUUAACUACACUCAUUACAAACAAUGACUGUAUGCUUACAGAGUCAUAAUCUGACAGCAGUUUGCAGUAUUUUACAACAUUUAAAAAGUGUUAAGGACAUAAAGGAUUCUGAAUGGCAAGGAACUGCUACUAGGUGAGCUAUAGCAGUACCUAAAGUUAGAUUUACAUUUGGAUGCUAUUUAAACUUCUAAAGUAUAUAAAAUUAGUGGCACUUACUCCCUAGUGUAAGACGGCUUCCCAUGAGAACAUAAAAAGGAAAGAAAAAAAUACCUUGCUCAUACUUUCUUAAAUGUAAAGGCAUUUGUUGACAUGUUACAUAGGAUUAUGACCAUGUCAUCAAAUUUGUAGGAGAAGAUGUUUUCCAUGUACAACUCUCCAUCAAUCUUUUGUAAUGAUAAGUAUUCAUUGUGUGUACUCCUAUUUUGUUUAAUGGUUUACUAUUAAAAUGUGAAAAAUCACGGGAAUUUUCCACCUUUUGUUCAAAUUAGUUUUCUGAAUCUGGUAAUACAAAAUUACCAAAAUAUCGGAAAUGGUAACCAUGAAAUCCACAUUCAAACACUGGAAAUUCCUAUGUUGCCAGUAACAUUUUUUCAGGGGGGGCAAGCCCCCUGCACCCCCCACACCCCCUGCAUAUUAUAUAGUCCAACUCCGAGAUCGCACUAUAGUGAGGAAGAGGUUAAAUUUCCCGAUCCGCACUGUAGUGCAAUCUGUUAUCAGAACAUCGAAUGCACAUUAGCAAAUGUUCACUACCAUUCACUAAUGUGCAUUCAAACAUUUUUCAGAACGGCAUUACGGAAACUGGAAAAGACACAUUCGACCAUCCCAGUUUCACCUACAUUUUGAUAGUAAACCUUGUUUAACAGCAGCUAAGUUCCUUACUGUAACAAAGUGGUAGUGGUUUCACUUUAUAGCUGCAUGUUGUACAAGGUGUAGCAAAUUUCCUAGGACCUCUGCAUUCAGCCAGGAAAAUUGUUCAACCAAAAGAUUGCAUUAUGGAAUUCAGUGGCGACCCAAAGAUAAGUAAGUAGAUAGAGGGAGACAGAGGUAGAUCCCAGUUGUAAGUUGGUUGUCAUCAAGUUUUCCUCUGACAUAGAGGCACUCCAGCAGGAACUUACACUUGUCAGUUGUUGUACUAAAAAUGGGCUCAAAAACACAACUCCAAAAUGUGCAACAUUGCAGCACCUGAUAAGCACCCAUUAGCUCCAGCUUAUAGUAUAAAUAAGCUAGUUCAAAAUGAAAAGACCUUAACAGACCAAGGUACUUGGGUGGACAGCUCCCUCAUUUUCGACCAUUAUGUUGCAACACUGAUUUGGCAAUCCUUUUACCUUGUACAGCUGAUAUCUAAAGGUAUUUCUUCAGAUCAAAAUAGGUCUGUAACUCCUUGUACUCUGCAAUGUUUAGACCCAUCAGUGAGUGAAAUGCCCCCUCUGGGAUGUGACUUACUAUGCACAGCAAGAAAAUGGAAAACCCCUAGAAGUUUGUAACUAAAAAGAUCAAGGGCUUAAAAGUCUGAACUACCAAAAAACUCUGCAGGCAUUCUCUCUAUACUUAGUGUCAUAUAGACUCCUUAUCUGCGCCUUGCUUAUAGGGCUAUAAGGAGUCCAUUAGUGUGCUUCUUCUUUUGGCUUUUCAUGUUUAGGAGUCACCACAGCGGAUCAUCUGUCCGUUCAU